GUUUUUUCCUUCAGGAGUUGUGAGCUGUUCUGAAUCAUGCCUGAACCAGCCAAAUCCGCCCCGGCCCCGAAGAAGGGCUCCAAGAAGGCGGUGACCAAGGCGCAGAAGAAGGACGGCAAGAAGCGCAAGCGUAGUCGUAAGGAGAGCUAUUCCAUCUACGUGUACAAGGUACUGAAGCAGGUGCACCCCGACACCGGCAUCUCGUCCAAGGCCAUGGGCAUCAUGAACUCGUUCGUGAACGACAUCUUCGAGCGCAUCGCGGGCGAGGCGUCGCGCCUGGCGCAUUACAACAAGCGCUCGACCAUCACGUCCCGGGAGAUCCAGACGGCCGUGCGCCUGCUGCUGCCCGGGGAGCUGGCCAAGCACGCCGUGUCCGAGGGCACCAAGGCCGUCACCAAGUACACCAGCGCCAAGUGAGCAGAUACAGAAAUGAGAAUACAAAGCCCGAAUUCGUGGAAAAAGCAGAGGGAUUGGGACAGAGGAUGAGUCGUAGGCAAUAGUCCAUUCCCAGAUGAAACUUUGUGAAAACUAAGUUUUUUUUUGGAAACAACAAAGUUGAAAAGAUAACCGGCCAAUUUAUCCUAUUACUCAGAAAAUUAAACUGCUUAAGCCAUACACAAAUCAGGAAAAUAAAUCAAAUUUUCAUCUGUGGAGUUAUUUGCACCUGGAUGGGGUCCCCUUAUAAAUAAGGCAAGAGUUUAAUCUUUUGCUUGAAAAACUGUUACACUUUAUUUAUGUAUUUAUAUGUACUUAUGUAUUUAUUUAUUUAUGUUUGUUUAUUUUUGAGAGAGACUGAGCACAAGUGGGAGAGGGGCAGGGAGAGAGGGAGACACAGAAUCCGAAGCAGGUUCCAGGCUCCGAGCUGUCACCACAGAGCCCGAUGUGGGGCUUGAGUCAUGACUGGAGCCAAAGUCAGACGCUUAACUGAGGGAGCCACUCAGGCUCCCCUAAACUGUUAUCACUUUAACCUACUUCUAACCAGCUUCAGAAGAAUUGGUUCAAAGCUAACCUAAUACAGUAUGUCAUUUACAAAAGUGUACAUUGUACAUGGUGUUAUAUCUUAUCCCAAAAUACACACAUUUGUUGCUCAAAUACUUAUGACUAUUUGGCCCAUCUUCCCCAGAGAUCAUAAACCACAAUGAUGCCUUGAACAUUGUGUUAGAUGAACCGGCUGUUUGUAAGAAAUCUUUUUUCAAGCUAUGCUAUAUCAAAUGAUAUUUCAUGUUUCUACCGUGCACAUAUUUCUUUGUCAGCUAAUCUACAUCGGUUGUGGAAAUCAAGGCACCCAUUCCCCAGGGAGUUAAUAGAGACACGCUGACAAAGUCCAUUGAAAGAUGCAUGACCCUAUAUCUAGAUACCUAUGCGGAUAUCUGUUCUUCAACUCUAUCUUUGGAGGGACAGGCAGGCACCUGGGACAGAGAACGUUGGAGUGUUCUUUAAAAGGCCGUCAUAAAACAGAUACAAUGGAAGCCGGUCGACUUAGUCUCAGAAACCUUCAAGUACAAGUUAAACUACACUGAUGUAAGUUACUACAAAAUUCAUAAGUACACAAAGUUUUAAUAAUUCUUACGAAUGGGUCACUUGGUGAAACGGUUUUCAGAUAACCGAGCUGAAAAAAAAAAAAAAAAAUUGUGCUGUCUACCCGGUCUCCUCCUGUGAGAUUUCACGUGUGUAGUUGGCUAUUUAACCUAAUCUCUGGUGUUUCUUUCCUUCUCCUUUACUGUCUUAUUCAUGGUGUCUUGGUGCCACAUAACUCUACAGGUGACACAGUAUACAUAUGGCCUCACUGUGGAACCAGAAGAACAGUGGAUUCGGGAUUACGAGCUAUUUUCUAUAACUGAACUGAUUCUGCCUCUGCUCUUAGGAUAUGACUGAGACAGGCAAAACGAGAACAUCGUCACUGUCAUGGAAAAGCAAUAUGUGGAAAAGAGUGUAUUUUGGUCUUUGGCCAAGGUUUACUUCUCAAUUUGCACGAAUUAAUUGAAUUUCUAUGUAACCACAAACUUUUUCACACAUUACUAAAUAUAUGUAAUAGAACCAUAUAAUAGCUGCUGUAAAUAUAAUGGGUCAAGAAGAAAUCCAAUGAUAUCAGACCCUUAUUUAAAGGCAUUAAAUGAAAAGAUAUAAUACAUUCAUGGGCACGAAAUAUUAAAGAUGUCAGGUCUUCUAAAAUUGGUAUUCACGGUAAUUCCAGUCAAAAUCCUAAUGUCAGUUUUGGAAUUUGGAAGCUAAUCCUAACAUUUAUUUAAAGAGAAAAAUGGUAAAAAAAAAAAUCAAAACAAAACAAAAACAAACCCAAGAAGCUCUCGAUGAGAGGUAGAACCUGAUGUGAUAAAACACUUAGCUGAUACUGGGUGGCAAUGCACAGAGAUGAACACAUUUACCAACUGAAUUAGAUAGAAAGCCAAGGAUCGCAUCUAAUUUUUUGUUGAAAUUUCACGUUAGUGAGGAAACGAUAGGCUGCUCAAAAAAAAUUGAUGAGUGCAGUUGGUUAUGGGUGAUUGUAGGAAGACCCCCUAAGUGUAAAUCUUCUUUUAGAAGAUCAGCUAGGAAAAUAUGAUCUCACUAUAGAGAAGGACUUCUUAAACAGGAAACAAAAGUACUAACCACGAAGAAAAGAAUAUUACAUUAUACCCCCUUAGAGGAGGCAUUUUCUCUUAAGCUAUUUUGCAACAUCCACGCUUCUAGGCUCUUUCUUCCUUAAUUUGGGAAGGAGAAAAUAUUAGUGAAUGUCAACUUAAAAUGAAAAAGGGGUUGAAAAGUCUGUGCUGAAAUCUGACCUCGAUCUCACCCGAGGUCAGAUUUUUAGGUUCAGACCUUCUUUUCUUCUCUCUUUCCUUCUAGUUCCUAAGUGAGAAUAAUAAAAGUGUUAAGAUACCUUUUCCCAUUUUAUCUAUGGAUAUAGAAAACAAAUUUGUUUAUUGUGUUAAAAAACUACGAGUUUCAGAGGAGCUUCAAUUAUAAACUUAAGGAUUUAACUUUUUUCUCUUUUCAGAUUUUUAUUUAAAUUCUAGUUAGUUAACAUGCAGUGCAACAUUGGUUUCAGGAGCAGGAUUCAGUGAUUCAUCAAUUGCAUACAGUACCCAGGGCUCAUCCCAACAGGUGCCCUCCUGAUACCCAUCACCCAUCCAGCCCAUCCCCCACCCUCAGUUUGUUCUAGAUCUUUCAGGGUCUCUUAAGGUUUGUUUCCCUCUUUUUUCUUUUUUUUCCCCCUGCUUUCCAUAUGUUAAUUUAUUUUGUUUCUUAAAUUCCACAUGUGAGUGAAAACAUAGGAUAUUUGUCUUUCUCUGACUUAUUUCACUUAGCAUAACACACUCUAGCUCCAUCCAUGUCAUUGCAAAUGGCAAGCUUUCAUUCUUUUUGAUGGCCGAGUAAUACUCCAUUGUGUAUAUAUACCAUACCCUCUUCAUCCAUUCAUCAGUCGAUGGACAUUUGGGAAAGAUGUUAACUUUUCACAUGAAAACGUCAGUAUUUCUUCUUAUAAAAUAACUUUUCUCCCCAGCACUUUUCGCAGAAAAUGUCUACAAGCAAUGACAAUCCAUGAGCAGUGAGAAUUGCCAUCACCCAGAUUGUUUCUCAACCCUUUUCCGGAGAGCCAACUCGGCUAAUUUGGACAUUUGGAUAAGGGUUACGCUUUAAAAUAGAUUUGAGAGACAUAGCAACCAAUGGAAUCCUACUUCAGAUAGAAUAAAUUAUUGUAAAAAAGUAUUUGAGGCAAUUGAGGGGUUUUCUUUGUAAGCACUAGAUAUUGGAUGAUGUUACAGAUCACUUCUAAAUUUAGGUGCGAGGAUCUUGUGUUUUGUUCAACUCUGCAUCUGUUGGGACUUUUGUGACAAUAUUCAUGAUUGACGUAAUACGUGGUUUCUUUACACUGUCCCCCUUCCGCCCAAUGUAGGCGCGGAGAGUGACACCCUGUGGGCGAGACGCUGUAACUGAGGAGGACUUGUGUAGCUUCCAUCCCGCCUCAGUCCCUUCCCUGCCUGCCUCCCCGACUUUUGUAAGUGAGCCCGGUUAACGAAGCUAUUUCUCUUUGGGACAAAGGGUGACACAGACAGCGACUCCAGCGACUGAACCGCAGGAGCAGGCAGAGGGGUCGGCAAGCGGGGAGGGGCUCCCGGCCAGGUCUCCUCCUCCCACCCCUCCCCCAACCACCCCCGCCCGCGCCCGGGGAGAGCGUUGGACUCUGUCGGCACCUUGUGGCCAUUUUGGGUAAUGCAGCUAGAGCUUUGUUUUAUUUCCGGUUUCUAUCCGUCCGCUGCGAAGGUUUAAUAAUUGCUUAUAUAAAGAACACAAGAAAGAGCCCUGCUCCCACCGUCCUCCUCGACCGCCGAGCUCCCCCAUCGAUCACAAAGAAGCACGUUCACCAGUUUGGGGUGCAGCCAUCUGGAACUUCUUUAUACAAACAGAAACAUCAACGUGUACUCUCAGCCCCCACCCCCAACCCCCCACGUUAACUCAAAUGACCAGCGGUGAUGUUCUUCUCACGGUUCUCCUGCCUACUUUUCUCAUUAUCUAGCUUGGAACUCUUUCCUUACUAACUAGCGCGGCUGAAACUUCUUGGCAGGUGCACCCUAGUGACCUGAGGCAGGUAACCUGAGACCAGACCUGUUCCUACACGGGAGCCCCUGCAUGGGAGCCUCUCCUUCAGUUACCCAUUUCUCGGUAAAUCACUCAUUCUCCUGGAGCCCUAAUGUCACCCUCCCUCCACAGCGCUGCGGAGAACAGAGGCAAGAGGGAAAUGACAGGUAAAAUUCCAUUUUUUAGUAACCUGCAGCCCGUUGGCAAAUAGUUGAGGCAAAUCCGGAGUAGAGCAUUUCUCCAGGAACCCCCUCCUGUCCUAAGGGACAAGCUUAGCUUGAUAACAGAAAGGCCUCUGGUAUUUUAGGAGUCCUCUGUAGCACAUCGCAGUCCCUCUGGGGGCCUCCCUAAUCAGUCACUCCUUCUGACCCCAGCGCAGCUCUUUCUGUCCUGUCCCCGUGCUUUCAUGAAAUCACCUUUUGGCACCAAAGACGUCUACAAGAAUUCUUUCUUGGCCGUGGGCUCCGGACCCACCACCACUCCAAAACUCCAUCGUUCUGGGAAGCAGAGAGGAGUCAGACAUCACCCCUGCUCUCAGUCUAAUAGAAGAGACCAGAGGGGCCUUUACACUUAAUCCCAGUAAUCCUGCCACCAGAAACAAAGUGAGAUGUUCAGGGCCUCCCUCAGCCCACAGCCCCCCGGCUCUAGUAUCCCACACCGCGUUUCCACUUGCUCCCAUUUUCUGUCCUUCAGGCCCCGUGAACACAACCUUGGAAGAAUGGCCUCCUCCGUGCAGAAGGAGUAGAACCAGAGACCUUCCAAACUACUUUCGUAAACUCAGAAAGUAUCCUCGCCGGUUUCCUUCUGUUCUACUCUGAUAACAGGGCAAGUUGGUAGUUUACACAUCGUGUUUGGACUUUCCAGCAUGAUUGAUUCAAAUGCCACUUUAAAAUAUUUUUAUUUAUGUGCUUGAUAAAAAAAAAACCCAUCUUAUGUAAAGAAGUGACAAACUGGAGAUGAACAAACCACAGUAUAUUUGAAUUUAUGACUUUGUAUGUGAAUUUAAUAUAUUUUCAUCAAUUACGCUACGAAGUCAA